GCAAAGUACUCACUCUUAAAUCCAUUCUAUAUCCGUGCAAACAAUCACAGUUAAUUAUAUGCACUUUUUCGUUAAAACCUUAAGCCUUUGAUUGUGAUUUUGUUUUCGCUUGUUAACCUUGAAAAUGGCACAUUUCCAAAACCAAUCCGGAGCAGCAGCCCAAACUGACGCGUAUGGCAACGUACUUAGCACAGAUGCAUACGGCAACGUUGCCCGCACAGACGAAUACGGCAACGUGAUAUCUACAGAUGAGUAUGGCAACCCAAUACGCCACAGCGGCACUCCUCUCCAAGGUGUGCAGCAGCAGCAGCGUCAUGACCUUUCUGGCAAGCUUCAUCGCUCUGGAAGCUCAAGUUCCUCUGAGGACGAUGGGCAAGGCGGGAGAAGGAAGAAGGGGCUGAAGGAAAAGAUAAAGGAGAAGAUACCUGGAAUUGGACAAAAGGACCAUCGAAGUGAUACGUCGUCUGCGACUGCAACGACUACUUAUACCACGACGGGUUACGGUACUGGGGAACAGCAGCAGCAGCAGCAGCAGCAGCAUCAUGCAGAGAAGAAGGGUGUGAUGGAAAAGAUCAAAGAGAAGCUUCCUGGGAACCGUACUUCUCAAGAUCAGCAUCACCAGCACUACUAGCUGUCGCAUUUCUGAACGUACCUACGUGCGUAGGUGUGUGUGAAAUGCUCCUUUGUAACUGAAGAUCAAACGGUCUCAUAAUUAAGGUCCAGAUCUGGUUCGUAGAAGGUGUGCUUAAUUAUAGGCUAAAGCACGUCUUUAAUAAGAGAUGAGUACGCGCAUGUAUAUGCUGGGGUGUGCGUUUUAUUUCUAGCAUAAUAAAUAUUUGUAACUGAAGAUCACACGGUCUCAUAAUUAAGGUCUAGAUCUGGUUCGUAGGAGGUUUGCUUAAUUAUAGGCUAAAGCACGUCUUUAGUAAGAGAUGAGUACGUGCAUGUAUAUGCUGGGAUGUGUUUUAUUUCUAGCAUAAUAAUUAUGACUUCGUCUACGCAUACAGUCUCCGUUUGGAGACUGAUCACGCAAGUCUAGACAGUUUUAUACAUAAAAAAUUUUUAAAAUUAUAAUAAUAUCUUUACAACCCUGAA